AGGAGUGCACUGCCUCCACAGAGAGGACUGGCUACAUAUGCCCACCCUGGUCCAGUUCCUCAACUUCACUGGAGUUCUGCAAUGCAGUCAUUCAGGUGCUCACCCCAGCAUCAGGGACCAGCUGGUCAGCUACAUCUACAAUGGCUUUCUGGUGCCUGUGUUUGCACCGGCCUCCACAAGCUGACCCUGGAGGAGGUGAUGACUACCACGGCCUAUCUGGACCUGUUUGUGCGGUCGGUGUCAGAGCCGGUCCUGCUGCAGACCUUCCUCUCCUUCAUCCUCCUCCACCGCCACGAGAACGUCCACAUCCUGGACACGCUGGUCAGCCGCAUCAACACACCCUUCCAGGUAACGUCCACAUCCUGGACACGCUGGUCAGCCGCAUCAACACACCCCAGGUAACGUCCACAUCCUGGACACGCUGGUCACC